AUGUUGUUCGAAAGGUCAGGGCUAACCGAGCACUAUCUAGACACAAAUUUCCUUGCAUUUGGUGGACAUGCAUGGAAUGUAAUUCGUUCUGAGUGCGAUCAGAUUCUCUUUGAACAUGCUGGAGAUAGCGGCGUCAAAGCGUUCGAUGGAGUGAAAGUCAAUAAAAUUGAAUUUCUGCCCACAGGUUGCCAGGAAGGCCAUGGUAAUUCGAAUCAAGGACGGCCCGUCUCUGCCUCCUGGACACGCAAGGACAACACCGCCAGCGGUACGAUUCGAUUUCAGUACCUGGUGGAUGCGAGUGGGCGGGCGGGUUUGGUCAGUACUAAGUAUAUGAAGAAUCGCCGAUAUAACGAAGGUCUUAAGAAUAUUGCGACCUGGGGUUAUUUCGAGGGAGCUGGAACGUAUGGCAGGGGUACUCCUGCAGAAGGGGGUCCGUUCUUUCCCCGACUACAAGAUGGGAGCGGCUGGGCGUGGUUUAUUCCUCUCCACAACAAUACAACAUCUGUUGGCGUGGUCAUGCAGCAGACCAGUUUCACAGCCAAGAAGAAGCAGAUGGCAUCACCCACCACGCGUGAGUUCUUUCUGCAACACAUGAACGAUGCUCCAAUGAUUUCCGAACUUCUAGAAAAUGCCACACUCGUGUCCGAGGUCAAAUCGGCCACCGACUGGUCGUACAGCGCCUCAUCUUACGCCAGUCCCUAUAUCCGCAUAGUCGGAGAUGCCGGAUGUUUCAUUGACCCUCUUUUCUCGUCGGGCGUGCAUCUAGCGUUCACUGGGGCCCUCUCUGCCGCCGCCUCUAUCUGUGCGGUAAUCAAGGGCGACUGCACCGAGCAGACGGCUGUUAUUUGGCACUCGGAGAAGAUUCGGGAGGCAUAUACAAGGUUUCUGCUUGUGGUUACCAGCGCGUAUGCACAAAUCACGGGACAGGAGCGUCCGGUGUUGAAUGAGUAUGAUGAGACAAACUUUGAUCGAGCUUUCAGUUUCUUCCGACCAAUUAUCCAAGGGACUGUGGAGAUCGGUGGAGGAAAGCUGAGUUCUCAGGACGUGGCCGAUUCAGUGGAGUUCUGCAUGCGAGUCAUCCGUAAGGUGGAUGGCACUACAGAAAUGGCUCCAAACGGAGAAAUGCUCCCUGAAGAUGAACAUGGCGAGUUAACGUGCGAUCGCAUCAAGAAAGCGGAACUCAAGUCAGAUCUCAACAAAUUCCGCGUUGAUGUUGUAAAUGGGAUGACCGUCAAUCUUCAACGGGGAGCACUAGGACUGGUUCGAGCAGCUUGA